CGUUACAUUGACACACUCAGCCAGCGUGCACAGGUUUCGCGUGCAUCGUGUUUUCAAGAUGAAGUUGUCGGUGCCGCUGCUCUUGGCUGCCAUUUUGCUGGCUUUCGUCGGUUCCGUCGACGUACAAACCGCUAAACCAAUAUAUGCCUGCUUCGAGUACAAAGAAGUAAAAGAAGAAGAACGUUUCGACAGUAGCAAAUAUCCCGUUGAUUGCAAGUAUUACUGCGGCACGCAAGGCAAUCGGAAGAAGUACGGCUACUACAGACAGGGCGAACCAUGCGCGAUCGCCAAAGUUGACCGUGACUUCAAACCGAUAACUGGGACAUGUUCAGAAGGCCAAAGAAAUGGAGAAAUAAUAUGUGACACCAAACUGAAACCCCCGCAAUGUCCUGCCUAAAGUGGAAGAAACAAUAACUGUUUUCCCAAGCAAUAAAAAAAAACGCAAUCAUCA